AUGGAUCUCGACGGCGUCGACAUCGAGCUCGCACGGCACCUGAUCGACCUCCACUGGAACAGACAGCACUAUGCCUACCUUCUCACUUAUCGCCCUGCGGUCAUGCAGUCCCUGGCCGACGGCGGCCGCUGGUGUAACAAGCUGUUGUUGAACGCCAUGUACUAUACGAGCAGCUUGUACAGCGACCGCGAGUGCUUGAGAAGCACGCCGCAGGACACACAGAGUGCCGGGGACCGCUUCUACCAGCGGUUCCGAGAGCUUCUCGUUGACGAGAUUGUGCGGCCCAGUAUCCCCACCACAGCUGCCUUGCUGCUCACAGGCGCCGCUCUUGUCUCUCAGGGCAGAUCAAGCGCGGGAUGGACUUUGUGUGGGACAGCCUAUCGCAUGAUCAUCGACAUGGGCUGCCACCUGACUGUGGACGUCCAGCCCCAAGGCUCAAAUCAAGACAUCGACCUUGACAUCGAGUUCGAGUGGAGGAGGCGACUUUAUUGGGGCGCCUUCCUGACUGACGCCACACAGUCUCUGUACCUGGGCAGGCAGAUGACCAUGCGCCCCUCGGAAGCCCGCGUGCCGCAGUUGUUUCUAGACACAUAUGAGGAGCUCGAGGAGUGGGUGCCAUAUGUCGAUCCCAGCCAGCCCGUCAAGUCGCAAUCCGUGCUUCUGAGCUUCCGUGGCAAGCCCGCAUACGCUGUCUCAGUGUUUGAGUCGCUGAUCAAGCUCUCGCAAAAGACGGAGCGCAUAACGCAGACCUUCUACAGCAUCAACUGUGUCAAGCGUACAAAGUCUGAUGCGGCCAAGAUCAAGAUGGAGAUCGAGCAGGACCUCUCAGGUUGGUUGUCGGGGCUGCCAGAGCAUCUUCGCUUCGACCCUGCAUCUGCUGAAGUCCCACCGCCGCAUCAGAUCACCCCACACACCACAUAUCACACGCUUAAUAUCCUUCUCCAGCGUCCUUUCAUUGACGGCGGAUAUCUACAGGACAGGGUGAGCCCCGAACUGCGCCAUGCCAACGAGGAGAAAUGUGUCGAAAGCGCACUUGCGAUAUGGAAACUUGUCGAUGCAUACCGUACUGGACUGACGCUCCGACGCGCACCUUUCCUCCUGUCAUACGCCGUAUAUUCGGCAGUCGUGGUGAUACUGCGUCAAAGCAGAAAAGAGCAACAGCGUGGAGCUGAGAAAAGAGCAAGUGCUGGACCGGCCGAUUCCGCCACGCGGCCUCAAGCCAAGGCAGACAAGUUCAGGGAGCCCAUCAACUUCUUCUGGACAGCACUUUCUGAGCUUCAGCGCGGGUGCAACUUUGGCCUGAAGAAGCCGGUGUCCAUCAUCCGCGAGAUGAUGAAUGAGCUUGGGAAUGUCACCCCUACAGGUGGUGCAGAGGUGGAGAGCGGCUCCUCCAGUCUGUUUGCCAAGAUGUUAGAAAUGUAUAGCGAGCCACAUCUCUCGAAACAUUCGUCCCAGCAGCUUGAAUUCCGGGACACAAAUCGCCCAGUAUCAGGGAACGAGGAGCAAGCCGUGACGGACCAGUUCGCGGAAAGCCAAUUCGUUCCCAACAGCAACGACCAAUUGGCCUUGCCAUUUGAUCCAACGCCACCAGGAUUCUUGGAUUUCUUGGACGACACGGAGCAGACAAUCACGAAUGACACGCUCUAUGGCCUAUUUGCACAGGACGCAUCAUGGUUCUGA